AUGUUCUUCAAUCAAUCGACGAGGCAAUUGCUUGCCUCUUCUCCACUUGCUUUCAAACCCCACGUUUCUCAAUAUCGAUAUUCGGACCAGGUUGAAGAUAUCGUCGAUACUGAGGAGUGUACCCAUGAGGAUGAGGUUGAAGAGCAGAUAUCAUACAGUGGGAACUCAAUGGCAUCUGAUUCAGUUACACCGGCUCUUGAAGGAUUUCCAGAUGUUGAGAAGUUUGAUCAGCUCAUGAAGAGGCGCUGGGUGAAAAAAUCGUUCACGCUCAGCAAUAACCAGAUACCCAAGAACAAAACAUUGAUCUACUGCAAAGAAACUCUAAAACUCAUUGUAAUCAAAGAGAAGCUGUUUGAAAUUCUGACAGAAGCACAUCAGCAAUGUCAACAUGAAAGUCAGAGAAAGACUUUAGCACAAGCUAGAAUGACAUAUUCCAAAAUCCCUGAGAUGCUAGUUCAGCAAUACAUAAAAAUAUGCCCAACGUGCAGUCCAGUACUAUCCGGACCACUAGUACUGGCUUUGGGAGAAUUCCCAAAUGUCAUUGAGUUUGACAAGCGCAUGGCAAGUUAUAUCAAACAUCUGCUUGAUGAAUUUAGAGAUAAAGCUACAAUAUCCUGGAGCAUGGCUGGGAAGAUUGGAAAGACGCUUCUUGGUGACACUACAGAACCAGUCGAGUUUCAGCUGAAAUUCACUGAACGAUCAUUUACCCUCUGGCAACGAAGUUCCAGGCAGAGUCCUACCACUGCGAACGCAUCAAUUCUUCUACGGGUGAGCCUUGCAACUCCAUCCUUUCCAAUCCUCACUCUCUUAGAAGGCAUGAAGAUGAAAUCCACAACCCUUGCAAGCAAAAGAUGCGGUACAAAGGAAAAGACCUUUUUUGCAAUGAUAGCCUUGCAAAGCAUAUGCGGCUUUUCCACCCCGAAGGUGAUUGACCAGACAAGCGGAAAUGCAAGUCAACAUAUUCUUGAUCAAUCGACAAGGCACCUGCUCCAAACUACCACUACAUACAUGUACAAUAUCCCAAAGAUCCUGCUAACAUCUGAGCCAAUCAACUGUCACGGGGCUUACACUAAACCUAAAUGGGACAUCCCCAGCAAACUCUUCGCGGAGCGUCUGAGAAAAAACGGUUCCUUCAUCCAACGCCUUGAUCUUGCCAUCAAAACAUCUAUCCAGCCAUCAGAGACUCUAGUCAAAGCACCGACUGGGUCGGACAACGUCCCAUCAACUGCAUCAAAUAUGGCCAAGGGGGAUCGAAGAAAACGCGCAAGUCAGCUACAACAGCGGCUUCAAAAGCCAUCAUUAAAGCAAAUACUUUCAAUGAACAUUGAAGAUAUGCCACAACUUGUCAUGAGCUAUGCCGGACCAGAUAGUAUCGACAAGCAACAGGAUGUUAUUCAGUAUUGUCUUCAACGAAUACUUCAAGGCCCGCGUCCAGAUCCUGAGUGUACUCUUCAGCCACGCAUAGAACAAGUCCGUAUACUUCGGCGCAUGAUAUAUGGAUAUAGCGACACUUUAUUCAUUGCCAGAACUGGCUAUGGAAAGAGCCUUAUUCUUCAAUCCUAUACAAUUCUGACAGGAAAGAUAACCAUUCAACUGGUUCCUCUAAACAAGCUUGGUGAUCAGCAAACAAGAGAUAUAGCACGGUUUCCCGGUGCCAAUCCUUGUCUGGUCAGUGCUGAUAAUCUCCAGGGGCAAGAAGACUUACUCAAACGCAUUCAACAAGGUGAGUAUACACAUAUACUGCUCAGUCCAGAGCAAGCUCUUUGCAAGCGAUUUCAGCAUGUUCUUCAAGACCCUACUUUACAAGAAAAGAUUGGGCUUGUAGCUAUCGAUGAGUGUCAUCUUGUCACACAGUGGAGUCAAUUCCGUAGUCAGUUUGCCAGGCUGGGGCACCUGAGAUUGCUUCUUCGUGAGGAUAUUGUCUGGUUUGGCUGUUCCGCAACCCUCAGCAGUAAAGCUGAAGAUAUCAUUCUUCAAGAGGCUGGAUUUCGUUCUAUUGGUGUAAACCCACGGCAGACUCAGGUUAUUCGAACUUCCAUUAACCGUCCUGAUAUUUUUAUCGGCGUACAUCCGAUUCCACGCGGUAAACUUGUAUCCUAUGAUAUGUUAUAUUUUUUAUUGAACGAGGCCAUUGAUACAGAUGGAAAGAUCAUACCUCAACACAUUUUAAAGACCAUUGUCUUUAUUGACAGUCAUGUCAAGGUUCAACAAGCAGUGCAAUAUUUCCGAUCAAUACUUCUUCAGAUCUGUCAGAAUAACAGGCAGAAUGUCAACAAUACUGACACCUCUUUCAUCAAUGACACCAUUCAGCAUUUCACAUCUCGAGUGUCUGAAGUGGAUCAGAAUAUUCGCUUCGAGGAGUUCAUGAAACCUAAGUCAAUGGUAUCCAGAUCAGAAUCGUGA